AUGGGGGACAGUGCCGAACAAGGCUCCCCGGAGACUCGGGAUGCCUGGCUUGCCGCUCUCAGAAGCAGUUCGACAAAUCUCCGUAUCGAAACACUGCGCAAAUUGCAGCAAAGUAUUCCAAUCGCAGGUAUGGCCGACAUGCAAAACCACGUUUCAUGCGGUCAAUCUCAUCUCACCGGUGCUGCAGAUGAGACCGUCUCAAAAGAGUUGUUGACCUUUUUGCCCGCGCUUCUCGGGACGUAUCCUCGUUACCUUGAUCGAAAGUCUCGCAGAGCCGUGCAGUCGUGCCUCCGAACGUAUCUCACGACUCCCUCUUCCGCCGACGUUGCUUAUCCUGCCGUCACCAAAUUCCUAUUACAAGAGAGCCAAAAGGUGGUCAUAGCCCCCGGCAAUGCAUUCGUUCUGCUGGAGUGGUGUUGUCUGGUUCAACAAGAAAUCCGGCUCAAUGAGAAGUCAUUCGGACAAUGCUUUGGGAAAAUAUGCUCGGCCGCUGCCCGCCUUCUGGACAAAUGCGAAGACCAAUCUGUCCGAGGAGGAGUACAAGGGUCGGCCUUGAUAAUCGCAAGGAGAGGGUUGCGCGACGUCUUCAAGACAAAACAAGUCGGGGCCAGGGCACUGCAGCUCGCCCUACAAGACACUGCAGGUUCCUCAGACGCAAAUGCUAGCUACGCCGUUUAUGUGGGCGUAAUUGCCGGGGUCAGUGUCCGCAUAACUGAGAGGAGAGAAGAGCUUCAAGAGUCGAAAAAGCAGAUCCUUGAUUUCUAUGUCAAGUCUGUCAUAGGCUCAAAAUCUCCCGUGCCAUACCAACAGUGUAUGGGUCUCAAGGAUUUCUUCCUCGACUUUGUCACUCUCCAGGAUGUCGAUGGAGUGUUGAUCCCUGCCAUCGAGAAGGCCAUCCUGAGGUCCCCGGAGGCUAUCCUUCAAGGCCCCAUAGAGGCCCUGGCUUCUUGUCUACCACCGGCACUCGACAUUUCAGGCUUUGUCCAAAGGAAGCUUGUGAAACCUCUUCUAUCAGCCUUGAACUCAACCAAUGCCAUCAUUCGCGAUGGUGCAGGUAAGGGUCUGUCAGCCCUUGUUGGCAGAGGAGGGUCUCCAGAUGCGCUGCAGAAGAUUGCUGCGGAACUGGGAUCCACGAUGAAAUCUUCGAAAGCUGGCAGCUUUGAGCUGCGUGGCCUUUUGGCCGAUGCUCUGUCGAUGAUUGCUCCCGAACUGGCAACGUCUUCUGUCAUCGCCGAGUCUAUCAUUCCUGUGGCGUCGAAGGAAGCCAACGAAGGGGCACUACGGAGAGAAGUUGCUGCAUUAGCAACACAUCUGCCACUUAUUGUCACCACCUCGUCGAUCAAUAAGACCCUUUCUGACACUAUUCUCAAGGGUUGCGUUGACAAGAGACUUCCUUUCCGCAAACUAUGGGUUUUGUGUCUUGCACACAUCAUCAGACGCAUCAAAGAGGUGCCUUCUGAACAAGGGUCACGCGAAUUCGUCAAGUCGGCUUUGAAAACGUUGAAGGAUGCGCACGACGAAGUUGCCCUCAAUCCUCUUCCAGCGACCCAGAAUGGCUAUGUUGCUGCUGGGUACGGCCUUCCCGGAGUACUUGGUGCACCAAUAUUGAGGACCGAUGAGUACAAGUCAAGCAUGUAUGAUGAAGUCAGCACUCAAUGCCUGGCCGUUCAACCGAAAUUGUCCUUUCUCUUGAAUUCAAAGGUCUAUACGCGACUCUCAUCUACAGAAGACUGCCAGUGGGCACUGUAUGCGUUGACUAACCUGACGCAACAUCUCGAGCAAGCUACAGAUGAAGGCAAAACUGCAUGGGCAAGGGCCGUCUUACACCUCCUGCUCACCCCUGAAGUCGACUCCAGUGUGCGCAAGGAGACUGGAGUUGCGUUAUCACAGGCUUACUCGAAGCAGCCGGCUUCUGUCGGCCACAGCAUAGUGCUUGGUAUCUGGGAUGUGCUUCGAUCGCGCGCGUUAGAGCUAAGUAAGACGGCCGAACAAUCUCUGAACGACAAUCGUUUGCUUCAGGCAGUGAAAUGCAUAAGCAUGCCGAGGGACAGGCUGGAGAACAUGGCCGAGGAUGCGGCAACUGAGGUGCUGAAGAAACAGGCCACAUCCACAGUGGUGUUAUUACGUCCCGAACUGAUCAUCAACUCCGACUGGAUUGGAACCUGCCUGGCUACCGGGGUAGAUCCAGGUGAACUUGCAAAGGAACGACAGGAACCACUUUUCCGCGAGAUACUCUCACAUUUUGAGGCGGGCAAGAUGGCAUCAUUGACCAUUUUCGAGAUCGCUGCCUGCAACUCAGCAGCUACAUUGGCCUUCGUGGCACCGGAUUCUUUCACGCCAGCCUUGAUUCGUCAGUUCCGGGAAGAUCUCGACCCUGAGCAAUUGGAAGCCGUGGGACCCACCGAAGCACUCAUUGCUAGAGCCCCUGAAGGCACUAUUGUCGUCGACGUCCUUGGCCAGCAGACAAAUGGAAUCCUUGACAACAAGAACCAGAAAGACUAUGACGUCCUCAAGUGGGAAGAAGAAAUCCGAGCCCAAUUGGCCAAAAAGAAGGGAGCUCCCCAGAAAAAGUUGACCGCAGACCAACAGGCCAAAGUCGACGCUCAACUUAGACACGAAAGUGCCACGCGUGCUCGAUUGAGAUUGAUCUCAAGCAAGAUCAGAAGAGGUGCAAGAUUUAUUGAGAGUCUUGCUCACGGUCCGCCCACGGAUGCAGGACUUUGGAUGUCUCCAGCUAUUACUGCGUUGAUGGGAUCUCUUGAAGCGGGGGCGGCGCUCAUCGUUGAGGAUGAGAUCGUCUCAGCUUAUCUUGCCUGUUCCGACAAGAUCUCGGAUCGCCUUGGAACCAUGCGUCUUUUCGUCGGCGUUGCUGCUCUCAGGUCUGUGCGGAACGCUAAUGUUCCAGAGCAUCUCUGUGUGGAACCUCUCGCAGAGCUCGGGACACGAGUCUUGUAUAGACUGAGAUUUGCUGCCGAGCAACGUCCGUUUGACACUGCCACCACCGCUUAUGCUCUCCCUCUGAUCUUCUCUGUCCUCGAGCAUGGAAAGAUAGGGGAUGUGACGGGUGAGGACGCCGACGCUCAAGUCCUCCUUGCCCUCGAAUUUCUUUCUUUCCAGAUGGGAUCCGGUGCCGAUGAACACCUUCCAAGAGCCAACAUUUUGCGCCAUUUGAUCAGUGCAAUGCGCAAAUACAACCAGCACCACCGGAUCAUCAGAGAUUGCCUGUUUGAUUUCUGCCGGUCAAUGUCAGAAAAUACCACUGCUGAGGAGCGAGAUAUCCUCCUCUCUGCAGUCACUCUCCCUGAAUCGACUGUUCGAUCUGCAGUUCUGCAGGCAAUUCAUUCGGAGAUUGAUCUGUCUGAGAUUGACAACUCCGUUCAUGUAUGGAUUGCUUGUCAGGAUGAAGAAGACGAAAAUGCGGAGACCGCGUUGGCAAUUUGGGAAGAGUUCGAAUUCACUGUCACCGAAGAAUUGGUCGAUAGUAUCCCUUCGUUUUUGUUCUCAUCAGCACGAUCGACCAGAGCUGCCGCAGCGAGAGCUCUUGCACAGGCACUUGUUCAGAUUCCUUCGAAGGUUGAUUCAGUAUUGGCGUCGCUUGAAGAGUCGUAUCGCACCGAAGCUCAACCAUUGGUCCCGAAGCGAAACAAGUUCGGUAUCGUGCAAAAGGGAGAUCUGGUUGAUCAGUGGGAGAAGCGGAGCGGCCUUGCCCUGGCCUUUAAAGAGCUUUCUUCCGUCCUGAGCGAGUCUGCUUUGGUGCCCUUCAUGAACUUCUUGGUUUCUGAUGGUGCCCUCUCGGAUCGUAAUGCGACAGUUCGUGCAGAAAUGGUCGAGACAGGCACGGUCUUUGUAGCAACGCGAGGAAAAGAUUGCCUAGAACCUCUCAUGGGGCUAUUCGAAAAAGUGCUACAAGGGCCUGAUAAAGGGACCGAAGAAUCAGAUUGGGUCAAUGAAGCCGUUAUCGUUCUCUAUGGGUCUCUAGCAAGGCAUCUUCCCGACGGCGACAAGCGGACAGGGAAUGUCAUACAGAAGCUUCUUGACACCCUCAGCACACCAUCCGAGUCCGUACAAUAUGCUGUUGCCAACUGCUUGCCUCCUUUGGUCCGCCCUUCCUCGGUCGAUGCUGGACCUUACAUCACGGCUCUCUUGGACCAGCUUUUCCACUCUAAAAAAUAUGCCGUGCGCCGAGGAGCAGCCUACGGACUUGCAGGUGUGGUCAAGGGCAAAGGUGUAGCUGCGUUGCGGCAGCACAGGGUAAUGGUCGCAUUGAGAAGUGCGAGUGAGAAUAAAAAGAGCCCUGAAGAGCGACAGGGAGCCAUGAUGGCAUACGAACUAUUGUCCUUGCUGCUCGGCCGAACCUUUGAGCCAUAUGUGAUCGAGGUUCUUCCCCAGUUGCUGACUUGCUUCGGCGACCCUGUUGCAUCCGUCCGCGAAGCCUGCCUGGACACGGCAAAGACGUGCUUUGCCAGCCUGAGCUCCUUUGGCGUGCGUCGCGUUCUGCCUGAAUUACUGGAAGGGCUGAAUGAGACCCAGUGGCGAAGCAAGAAAGGAGCCUGUGACCUUCUCGGUGCCAUGGCUUACCUUGAUCCACAACAGCUCGCGACGAGUUUGCCAGAAAUCAUUCCUCCGUUGACCUCGGUCCUGACGGACAGUCAUAAAGAGGUUCGGGCUGCUGCCAAUAGCAGUCUCAAACGAUUCGGCGAAGUUAUCACGAAUCCAGAGGUCAAGAGCCUCGUCGACAUUCUCCUCAAAGCACUGAGCGACCCAACCAAAUACACAGAGGAAGCCCUGGACGGAUUGAUCAAGGUUCAUUUCAUCCACUAUCUCGACGCGCCGUCACUCGCCCUUGUUGUGAGGAUUCUAGAACGCGGACUCAAUGAUCGAUCGGCAACCAAACGCAAAGCUGCCCAGAUCAUAGGGAGCCUGGCACAUCUCACCGAGAAACGCGACAUUGUCACUCACCUGCCCAUUCUGGUCACAGGCCUACGUCUUGCGGCUGUCGAUCCAGUACCUGCGACUCGAGCAACUGCUUCGAAAGCUCUGGGUAGCCUUGUGGAGAAAUUGGGCGAGGAUGCCUUCCCAGAUCUAAUACCAAGCUUGAUGUCGUCGCUUCGCACCGAUACUGGUGCCAGUGAUCGUCUCGGGUCAGCACAAGCUCUCAGCGAAGUCCUUGCCGGCUUGGGCACUGCUCGUCUUGAAGAGACUUUGCCAUCUAUCCUACAGAACGUCGCCAGCACACGCCCGACCGUACGAGAGGGAUUCAUGACUUUGUUCAUCUUCUUGCCGGCAUGUUUCGGCAACAGCUUUGCGAAUUAUCUUGCUCAGAUCAUCCCGUCUAUCCUUAGUGGGUUGGCCGACGAUGUUGAAGCGAUUCGUGAAACUGCUCUUAGGGCGGGCAGGUUGCUUGUGAAGAACUUUGCUACCAAAGCCAUAGAUCUCUUAUUGCCAGAACUGCAGCGUGGGCUGGCCGACGACAGCUAUCGGAUCCGUCUCAGUUCAGUCGAGCUGGUUGGAGAUCUCCUCUUCAAUCUUACCGGAAUCAGUGCUCAAACAGAAGCUGAAGAGGAAGGCGAAGCCGCCACACAAGCAGGACAAUCUUUGCUUGAAGUCUUGGGAGAAGAAAGACGCAACCGGGUUCUAUCGUCUCUCUACAUUUGCCGCUGCGACUCUUCUGCCCAGGUUCGAGCUGCGGCCAUUGCUGUGUGGAAAGCACUUGUUGCAACACCGAGAACACUACGCGAGCUUGUGCCUACGCUUUCCCAGAUGAUUAUUGCUCGCCUUGCCUCAUCCAACAUGGAGCACAAGUUUAUUGCCGCCAACGCUCUGGGAGAAGUGAUUCGAAAGGCUGGGGAAGGUAUCUUUGCUUCAUUGCUUCCCUCGCUUGAGGAAGGCCUUCAGACUGCCACCGACCCAGACAAACGACAAGGCAUCUGUAUUGCUCUGCGAGAGAUUGUCAACGCCGCUACACCCGAGUCCUUGGAGGAGCACGAAAAGAAGUUGAUCUCCAUUGUCCGGUUGGCACUGACAGAUUCCGACCCUGAAGUGCGCGAGGCGGCCGCAGAAUCGUUCGACUCGCUCCAACAGACGUUUGGCAAACGAGCGGUGGAUCAGGUGUUGCCGCAUCUCCUGAACCUGUUGCGAAGUGACACGGAGGCUGAACAUGCACUGUCCGCCUUGCUCACGUUGCUGACCGAAGCCACGAGAGCCAAUGUCAUCCUGCCCAAUUUGAUCCCGACCCUCCUCACUAACCCCAUCUCGGCGUUCAAUGCUCGAGCUCUGGCGUCUUUGGCUAAAGUCGGAGGUGCGAGCAUGACUCGCAGGCUGCCUACAAUCCUGAACAGUCUUGCAGACAACCUGGUUAUGUGCAAAGAUGAGGAACUCGUGGGAGAACUGAACGAGGCCUUCGACGCGACCUUGUCUUCUAUCGACGAAUUCGAUGGCCUCAAUACCGCCAUGAGCGUCAUGUUGACUAUGAUCAAGCAUGACGAUCACAGAAGACGUGCACUCGCUGCAACUCACCUGGCGACCUUCUUCGCCAAUCCUGUGGUCGACUAUUCGCGCUACAAUCAAGAUCUCAUCCGUGCCCUCCUGAUCUCCUUCGGCGAUAGAGACCAAGAGGUCGUCAAGGCCGCUUGGUCGGCGCUGAAUCAGCUGCAAUCUCAUUUGCGCAAGGAAGAAAUGGAGGCACUGGUCACCUCCACUCGUCAAGUCCUCCAGCAGGCUGGCACUGCGGGAUCUGUGCUACCUGGUUUCGCGCUGCCCAAGGGUAUCCUUCCUGUCCUCCAAAUCUUCUUGCAAGGGUUGAUGAAUGGUACAACCGAGCAACGGGUCCAGGCUGCCAUGGGCAUAUCGGACAUCAUUGAACGGUCCAACCCUGACGGAUUGAAACCUUUUGUUACGCAAAUCACAGGUCCACUCAUCCGUGUUGUCGGGGAGAGAUCAAUGGAUGUCAAAUGCGCCAUUCUAUCGACUCUCAUCCUGCUUCUCGAGAAAAUCCCCACUUUCUUGCGUCCAUUCCUGCCUCAGUUGCAGAGAACAUUCACAAAAUCGAUUGCCGACCCAACAAGCGACGUUCUUCGGACACGAGCAACAAAGGCACUCAGUACGCUGAUCACGUUAACACCACGCGUCGACCCCUUGAUCGCCGAACUCGUCACUGGUGCAAAGACCCCAGACGCUGGAGUUCGCAAUGCCAUGUUAAAAGCACUACAGGAGGUCGUCAGCAAGGUCGGAUCGAACAUGUCGGAUGGGUCUCGCGAAUCCAUCCUGGGACUGAUGGACAGCCAACUUGACAUCCAGGACGAUAAUAUGAUGAUGACCAAUGCUCGUCUCCUGGGGGCCAUGAUCAAAGUUCUUCCUGCGGAGAAAGCAGCGACUCUGAUCAAGACUCGCGUCCUUGUGCAACCAUCGACGAAUGCAUCGAUUCUCGCGCUGAACGCCGUUCUCCUGGAAAGUGCAGCGGCAUUGACUGGAAAUCCGGUUUAUGCAGAAGAUACAAGGAACGUCCUUGUCAACGGGCUCGCUGGGAAGAGUGGCACGUUUGUGCAGCAAAACGCCGUUCUCGCUGUGGGGAAAUAUCUCCUCUCAGUGCACGAAAUAUCAUCCGACGCCCAGAUCGAAGAAACGUGCAGACCCUUGUUGGAAGCACUGGCCUCGAUAAUCCCACCAGGAGGUGACAUCGACUCGCGCCGCCUUGCACUGGUGGUCAUCCGCACGGUCUUCCGGCACCACGGCAACAGCCUGCGCGAGGACCACCAACUGCUGGCGAUCCUGGUUCCCCCGGUGUUUGCGUCGGUCAGAGACGUGGUCAUCCCGGUCAAGUUGGCCGCCGAAGCCGCAUUCCUGGAACUCUUCAACGUGGUGGACGAGGAAGCCGCCAUCUUCGACCAGUACAUGGCCUCGGACGACGGCGGCAAGGCCCUGGGAGUGGGCCCCACCAGGGCCAUGGGAGAUUACUUCAAACGCGUGGCCCUCCGGCUGGGAAGCCAGGCGCGCGAGAGGAGGGAGGCCGAAGGCGGCGUCAAGGGUGGGCUAGGCCUCAGUUCGGACGAAGAGGAAGACGAGCGCGAGGUUUGGAGCGUCGGACGCGUGGAUUUGGGCGAAGCGGGUUUUGGCGAGGAAUAA